GCCUCUUCCCUCUUUCAAAGUUUCAAAAGACAAAGUGACAAACACCUCUCUCUCUCUCUCUCUCUCUCUCUCUCUCUCUCAUAAUUUAUUUGUUCGGUCAGCUCGCACCUUACAUAAUUUGAACAACAAAUUUCACCGUACAUUUGUAAAAAUUUAAAUAAAAUAAUAACAGAUCCUCGUAUAAAAUUAUUCAAAAAAAUGUCCAAUAUAAACUGAUUCCAAACGAAUUGAUUUCAUUUCAAACCCAAGAACACAAAUCCUAUAAUCAAAUCUUAAAAUUAUAGGCCUUGAUCACUGUGCCGACCCGGUUUGUACCCUUGCUCUCUUCAAAGUCCCCCAUUUCCUCCUCCUCCUCCUCCUCCUCUCUCUCUCUCUCUCUCUCUCUCUCUCUCUCUCCAAAGUCUAAACCGUCCAUCAACAGGCAUGUCGAUCAAUCCAAAACCAAAACCCCCCCACCUCUUCUCUCUCCUCGUCCUCUUCUCUCUCCACAUCCUCUCCCUCUCCGCCUCCGACGCCCCAACCGUCUACGAGCUCCUCCCCAAAUACGGCCUCCCGAGCGGCCUCCUCCCCGACUCCGUCAAAUCCUACUCUCUCUCCUCCGACGACGGAACCUUCGUCGUCGAGCUCGACAAACCCUGUUACAUCCAAUUCGAUUAUCUGGUCUACUACGACAAGAAAAUCACUGGGAAGCUCAAGUACGGCUCGAUCACCGACCUCAAGGGUAUUCAGGUCCAAAGGCUGUUCAUUUGGUUCGACGUAGACGAAAUCAAGGUCGAUUUGCCCCCUUCUGACAGCAUAUAUUUUCUGGUUGGGUUUAUUAAUAAGAAACUCGAUGUGGAUCAGUUCAAGACCGUCCGUUCUUGUGGGGCCAAAAAGAACAAGGCUUCGGUUCCCUGUGGCCGAUUGUGGAAGCGGGUCAUUGAGCUUCCCACUCCAGUCAAUGACGUUGAGAUGCUACUUACGGACUAGACAAGAAGAAACGCCUCUGUUAAUUAUGACAAAAUAGUUGUAAUUGGAGGUAUCAUCGGACCUUGUAGUGUGUAUUUCAAAAUGCAGCUGGAAGAGGGGUGAUCUGAAGAAAUUAUGUGUGUAAUAUUUGUACAUAUCAUGUUAUCAAGUUUCGGUUCUUGAUGUACCAGUUUCUUUAACGAAUCAGGUUUAAAGAAACAAUUUAUGCUAGUAAUAUGGAAUAUAUAUGUUCUCUUCUUCUU